AUGUCUGGAGCACAGGAACAGGCGCCUCAUGGCGCCGAGUACCGUCAGCACCUUCCAGACAUCAGCAUUCCUCGCUUCACGACGAUGCGCAACCAGGAUGCUCACGAAUAUGCCAAGGUGUUCAAGGAGAGCGGCAACCCGCCGUGGCUACAUGCCCUUUACCUUCACUGGCGUAGCCUCUUCAAGGAGCCAUACACCGGCAUCACAACAGAUGGCACGGUCAAACGGGACUUAUUCAAAAUCGCCGACGAGGGCGUGCCGAUUCAACAAAUUGUCGAUGCUACAAACGCAGUUCUGUCACAGCUAGAUGACAAGCAGAAGACAACCCUCUCAUACCAUGUCGAUUCCCCGGAAUGGCGAUCAUGGUCGAACCCCGAGUUUCUCCUCAGCGACAAGGGUUUACGGCUGGAUGAGUUAAAUCCGCAAAUCCGCGACAGCAUCCUGAAAGUCCUCGAGACAACCCUCUCGCCUGAGGGGUAUGCGAAGGCGCUCGGUGCCAUGCGCGUGAAUGGCUUUUUGGGCGAAUUGGUGCAGACACCCACCAUUUGCAACGAGUUCUCUUACAACUUUGUCCUCUUCGGACUGCCUUCGGCAACGAGGCCAUGGGGCUUCUCAUUUUACGGCCACCACCUGUGCCUGAACAUUUUUCUGUACCAGGGCCAGAUUGUUGCAUCGCCGUGGUUCACUGGGGCAGAGCCGAACCUGAUUGAUGAUGGCCCGUACAAGGGCACUCGUAUUCUUGAGACCGAGGAACGGCUAGGCUUGCAGCUUAUGCAGUCGCUCCCAGCAAAUUUGCAGCAAAAGGCGCAGACGUACAAACUCCUCAAAGACCCCGCAAUGCCGAAAGGACGGUGGAAUCACGACGACCAGCGACAUCUCUGCGGCGCCUACCGAGACAACCGAAUUGUGCCGUAUGAGGGUAUUUUGGUGUCGGACAUGACAGCCGAGCAGCAGCAGCUGGUUCUUGGUAUCCUGGAGCAGUAUCUUAUCUAUCUUCCUCAGAAGUCCAGGGAGAUCCGUGUCAACCACAUCAAGUCUUUCUUCCAGGAGACGUACUUUAGUUGGAUUGGCGGCUUUGGUGAUCAAGAUCCCUUUUACUACCGCAUCCAGAGCCCAGUUAUACUCGUGGAGUUCGAUCACCACUCAGGAGUCUUCCUGACAAACAAGGAGCCCGCAAAGUUUCACAUUCACACUCUUCUGAGGACACCCAACGCUGGCGACUACGGUAUGGCUCUUCGGCCAUUGAUUCCUGGUGUUGAGCAGGAUUUUGUAUGGGAAGGCUAG